AUGGACUCCAAAAUCCGCCUUACAGUGCUCAUAUCCGGCAGCGGCACCAACCUUCAAGCCGUCAUCGACGACACCACUCUCCCUGUACAAAUCGUCCGCGUGAUCUCCAACCGCAAGGACGCUUACGGCCUCACCCGCGCCCAAGCCGCCGGUAUCCCUACAACCUACCACAACCUCGUCAAAUACAAAAAGGCGCACCCCGCCACCGCCGACGGCACGAGGCUUGCGCGCGAGGAAUACGAUGCUGAGCUGGCGCGCCUCGUGCUGGCGGAUGAGCCUGCGUUGGUCGCCUGCUUGGGGUUUAUGCAUGUCCUUUCUAGGAACUUUUUGCAGCCGCUCGAGGAUAAGGGCGUGAGGAUUGUGAAUCUGCAUCCGGCGUUGCCGGGGGCGUUUAAUGGAGUGGACGCCAUUGAACGCGCGCACGCUGCAUGGCGACGGGGGGAGAUUAGUAAAACCGGCGUGAUGAUACACAACGUGAUCUCGGAGGUUGACAUGGGCAAACCAAUUCUGGUUAAAGAGAUACCAUUCGUGGCCGGUGUUGACGAGGAUAUAGAGCUGUUUAAGCAGAAGGUGCAUGAGAUAGAAUGGGGCGCUGUUAUUGAGGGAUUGCACAUUGCGAUUCGAGAGAUUAAAGAGCAGGCUGCUGCGUCAGAGUGA